UUGCUCCCUUCUUCCCAGUUCCUGGACUGGGGGCGGUCCAUUCUGCCUACGGGAGGCCUUCCAGUCCCAGAAGGCUCUGGCAGCUGUCCCAUAGGGAUCAAAAGCAGAAUUCAGGAAUAGUGACAGCAACGUCUCCAUUAAAUGCUCUCACAGUGGGCCAGGCUCCGCAUUGAAUUGUCUAGAGACCCUGGGAUGACCCUUGCCCCCGACCUCCCUUCGUCCCAGUCACUCUCUGACGCAAUGUGACCUUGCCCAUCUCUUCCGGGCUCCGGACCUGUUUUCCCUUUUUCAAGGUGAGGCUCCGGGCUGUCCCGUAGGCGCUUCCCCGGGUGCCGCCGGCUGGCGACCAAACCCAGCUGGCACUGCUGGGGAGUGGGCGCCCUGUCAGCUGGCGCCGGACACUAGCGCGGCGCCCGUGCCAGAGGAGAGGGCGCGCUGUCCCCGCACAGGUUUCCCCGGAGCACCGGUUGACUCAAGUCCGCGUCCCGCCCGCUGGAGGCCAGCAGAGCUCCCACUCGGGAUUGGAAGGGACCGCGGAGAGACCCAUGCCCCGGGGCAAGGGGCAGAGGCCGACGGUGAGGGCCGCGAGCCGACCUCUCAAAGACUUUGCUCUCCAGCCCCGGCCCCUCCCUUUCGCCCGCUCUCCCCAGUGAGGUCCGGCUCCGAGGCCUGGGUCGGGUUGCUCAGCUCCUCGGGGUAGCGAGGGACGCGGAGGGCUCUGGAGCCGAGCUUCCUCCUCCAUUCGCAGGUGGCCUCGCUGUGCUCCAAGGCCCUGAAGAGUCCCCAGUGGGGUCUUGGGCGGCGGGAAGCCGGGACCCGAGGCGGAGCCCGCCCCGGAGCCCCACCCCGGCGGUCCGGGACGCCCUCUGCUGCCCUCCCCUGCCGAGCCCCAGCCGCGAAGGGGGUGUGGUCCCGAGUUUCUGCGUCGGCUUCCAGCUUUGCGUCCCGAUCCCGCGAACGGUCCCAAGCCCGCAGCACGUUUCCCGGAGCGACCCCGCGGCUUGUCCCGGUUUCCGCAGCCGGCCUCCCCCAGAACGCUCUGACGCGCUCGGGUAACGCCCUCGGCUGCGCAACGUGCGCCGGGGAACGCUCUUAUCGUCGCCCCCUGUUGCAAGCUGCCGAGCGGCGGCAGCGGGAAGCAUGCGGGACUACGACGAGGUGACCGCCUUCCUGGGCGAGUGGGGGCCCUUCCAGCGCCUGGUCUUCUUCCUCCUCAGCGCCAGCAUCAUCCCCAACGGCUUCAACGGUAUGUCAGUCGUGUUCCUGGCGGGGACCCCGGAGCACCGCUGCCGGGUGCCGGACAGCGCGAACCUGAGCAGCGCCUGGCGCAACCACAGUAUCCCUCUGCGGCUGCAGGACGGCCGUCUGGUGCCUCACAACUGCCGGCGCUACCGACUCGCGGCGAUCGCCAACUUCUCGGCGCUGGGGCUGGAGCCGGUGCGCGAUGUGGACUUGGAGCAGCUGGAGCAGGAGAGCUGCCUGGAUGGCUGGGAGUUCAGCCAGGAUGUCUACCAGUCCACCAUCGUGACGGAGUGGAACCUGGUGUGUGAAGAAGACUGGAAGACGCCCCUCACCUCCUCCCUGUUCUUCGUGGGUGUGCUCCUGGGCUCCUUCGUGUCCGGGCAGCUGUCAGACAGGUUUGGCAGGAAGAACGUCCUCUUCGCCACCAUGGCCGUGCAGACUGGCUUCAGCUUCCUGCAGAUUUUCUCCGUCAACUGGGAGAUGUUCACUGUAUUAUUUGUCAUCGUCGGCAUGGGCCAGAUCUCCAACUACGUGGUGGCCUUCAUACUAGGCACAGAAAUUCUUGGCAAGUCAGUGCGUAUUAUAUUCUCUACAUUAGGAGUGUGCACAUUUUUUGCACUUGGCUACAUGCUGUUGCCACUGUUUGCUUACUUCAUCAGAGACUGGCGGAUGCUGCUGCUGGCGCUGACCGUGCCGGGGGUGCUGUGCGUCCCGCUGUGGUGGUUUAUUCCUGAAUCUCCUCGGUGGCUGAUAUCCCAGAGAAGGUUUGGAGAGGCUGAAGCUAUCAUCCAAAAAGCUGCAAAAAUGAACAACAUAGCUGUGCCGGCAGUGAUUUUUAAUCCCGUGGAGCUACAGGAGCUAAAACCCCUGAAGCAACAGAAAGCCGUCAUUCUGGACCUAUUCAGGACUAGGAACCUUGCGACCAUAACCAUCAUGUCUUUGCUGCUAUGGAUGCUAACCUCAGUGGGUUACUUCGCUCUGUCUCUCAACUCUCCUAAUUUACACGGAGAUGCCUACCUGAACUGCUUCCUCUCUGCCUUGAUUGAAGUUCCAGCGUACAUUGCAGCCUGGCUGCUCCUGCGAACCCUGCCCAGGCGUUACAUCAUAGCUGGCGUGCUGUUCUUCGGAGGAGGCGUGCUUCUCCUAAUUCAAUUGGUGCCUGCAGAUUACUACUUCUUGUCCAUCAGCCUGGCGAUGUUAGGGAAAUUCGGGAUCACCUCUGCCUUCUCCAUGCUGUACGUCUUCACCGCCGAGCUCUACCCAACGCUGGUCAGAAACAUGGCCGUGGGGGUCACGUCCAUGGCCUCCAGGGUGGGCAGCAUCAUCGCUCCCUACUUUGUGUACCUUGGAGCCUACAACAGACUUCUGCCCUACAUCCUCAUGGGCAGCCUGACCGUCCUGAUCGGAAUCAUCACUCUGUUUUUCCCUGAAAGUUUUGGAAUGACUCUACCGGAGACCUUAGAGGAGAUGCAGAAAGUGAAAUGGUUCAGGUUUGGGAAAAAACCAAGAGAUUCCAUGGACAGUGAAGAAAAUCCCAAAGUCCUAGUAACUGUGUUCUGAUAAAAUCUCCACCCCGCCUGGUGAACUGGAAAACGGAUACACGAGACUCUGAAGAAACCAAAGCCUUUCCUGAUGACAUGGACCGGCUGUGUCCAUGAACGGACCCUGCUGUCGAGAAAUGCUUGUCAUAUAGCAAGUUCUAGACCACUCUUCCAGAUAAUCUCCUUAUUUUUUUAAACUAACCAUUUCUAGACAGUCCUCCUUACUAAUUCAUUUGAUGAAAUGGGUUUGUAAGACUGUUUGAAAAUACGUUGGUUGAGGACUGAUCAGUGCAUAUAAAGAUUAACACUGGGUUCUAAACAUACCACUCAGCUCUCCAAAUAAAAAGAAUAUCAUUGUAGCAAUACAACUCUCAGGUGACAACAGUGCAUGUGCGUGUGCGUGUGUGUGUGUGUGUAAGUGAGCCAUCACAUUCCAAAUUAUAGUCACCUCUGAAAGUGGACUCCUGUGCUGCUAUAAUCAAAUGACUACAUGCAGCAUUCCUAGCCAGAAAAUUGUAUACACUCCUUUGAAAGGAAUUGAUGGCUGGUGUUAGCAGUAUUUUGCAGGGGAUCAAGUAGGCCCUGGCUCCUGUGGCCCAUGGGCCUUAAGAAGGGAACUGAUGCAGGUCCUCUCUAUGAUGGCGGCAGCU